AUGUCACAAAUUGACAAUGCCGCAUCACCACCGGCAACCCGAACAUCGAAGCGCGCCACCGCCGCGUGCAAGGCCUGUAACUUACGAAAAGUGAGGUGUACUGUCACGUUGUCAGGCCCGCCCUGUGCAAACUGUUCCGUGGAUGGCAUUGCAUGUGAGAUAAUGAGCCGCAAACGACGACGGAGAAGCAAUUUAGACCAAUUAGUACCGGAUACCCCUACCGCUAUUGAAAAUCGAUCCAGCAUUGCUUCACGCAGGGGACAACCUAGACGUCGAGCCCACCCAUCCACGAGUAUUGAUGGUUCUCAACCUAAAGACUCUACUGUGACAUGUAACGACCAGGCCGCACCUCCCCCACAAAAAGACAGCGGCGAACAUGCCGGCAACAGCAGAGGCAAUACACCUCAGGGCCCAACUACGUUGGCAGAUAGUAGGUCAGAGGUCAGGUCACAAAGACCGGAGGCUCGUCGCUCUAUUGGUGAGCGAGACUUGCCGACAAAUGCCGCAUUUGGCAGUCGGCGUCCUCCCAACCCCUCCGAUGCAGUUGAAGACAGUUCGGCGUAUGCGGAUGCAUUAGAAGGGGGCAAUGGCUAUGGGGAUGGCUGUGUUCCGUUCUACACCGGGGAUCAACGUGGGCCUGCAUUUGUGAUGGAUAUCUGCGAGCCUCACCGAUCUUCGGAAAAGAACCACUUUUUGGUUCCGAUGCCUUCGAUCAAGUCGCUGCUCCCCGAAGAUAUCAAUUAUCUUUGGACUAAAGGCUCGUUUACUUUGCCUCCACACCAUAUUCGGGAAGCCCUCAUACGGUGUUACUUCCACCACGUCCAUCCAUUCUCGCCUAUCCUUGACGCAAACGACUUUCUGCUUAACUACGAGAAGGGUCGAAUGAGCCUUCUGCUCCUCUGGAGCAUGUUUCUAGCAGCAGCAAGUUUCAUCGAUGAGAGCAUGCUUACUGAGGAUUUGUUUCCGUCACGGAAAGCACUGAAAUGUGCCAUGUACCAACGGGCAAAGGCUCUGUACGACGCAGAUUAUGAAAAGGACAAGAUUACCCUUAUUCAAUCAGUGUUCUUAAUGGGACAUUGGUACACUACUACAGAUGACAGAGCCGGCCCAUGGCACUGGACUGGCAUUGCGAUCGGCCUCUCGCACACAGUAGGGCUGCACCAUCUCCCCAUAACCGCUCACCAAGUCUCUCACGGCCCGCGGCCAUUUUGGCGUCGACUCUGGUGGUCCCUUUAUUGCCGCGAAGUAUGGCUCUCUCUUGGGUUAGGCCGACCAAUGCGAAUAGCCUUGGACGACUCUGACACCGCCAUGCCAGGUACUGGCGACUCAGAUGUAAUAUCGCCUGAAUUAAUUGGUGAAGUCAGCCGAAAAUAUCUUCCAGAAGAGCUGAGCUAUCUUUUCGAGAUCUGGCUUGACUUCGUCAAGUUGACUGCAGCAUUAGGCAACGUUUUAUCAAAAAACUACAGGGCAAAGGGGGUCAAGCUAUCAAGGGCCGACAUUGAACGCAGUGAAAGUGAAAUUCGUGCCUCUUAUCCCACGUUCCCAGGAAGCAAUAACCAAGGCCGAGUUGUCGCGUCCCAUAUUUACCUGUUUAAACUCUACUUUGAAGCGGCUAUUAUUGUCUUAUAUCGACCACACAUUCUUGAUUCCCCUAGAGAGGUAUCGGCAGCUGAUCAAGGCGCAUGGAGAACAAUUGCAUGCCAGAAAACGAGAACCGCAGCAUCAAAUGCGAGUGGGGCAGUGAACUCAAUGAUGGCCGAGGAUCUCAUCGGUCUCUGUCACACAAUUGCGGUAAUUGCUCUCAUCCCGCCGAUGCAAAUUCAUCUGUUCGAGUCGACAUCGUCAACACCAAUGGCACGUGAAAUGGGCAAGCACAAUCUUGCACUCUGCAUGCUUGCCAUGGACGAGCUGCGAAGGUCGUACGUGUCUGCGGAUGCAGCUUACAAGCUUUUCAAAGCUGCGAUCAACAAGGUUGAUAAUGCACCACCUCAUGAAGAGCAAGGACAUCCGUCCUCUUUAAUUCCUUCUGCUGCAACGAGGCCAGCUGAGGGUGCCAUGGAUGGUAAUCUAGCAGACUGGCCUGACGGAUACGAUUUGUCGACUGCGGGCAUCAUCUCGGAUCUAUGGGGUCCGUUUUCAAAUACACUGUUUGAUGAUAGCUCUGGAACCAACAACGAUGCUUGGCUGGACAUUCAAAGCAUGGAUCGGCUAUGGACGCUUGACGACUUGAGCUGUCUUGACAGCAGUAACGCCUAG